UAUAAAGCCCGGGGCAGCAGCCCGGCAGGCUUGUUCAGCACAACCACACCUCGGCUCACCUGGCAGCACGGCCAGGCGCUGAUCCCCGGAGUACCCGAGCGUGGGAGCGAUCUGCCCAUGGGCCCCCGCCGGCUGCUGCUUCUGGCGCUGCUUCAGGCAGUUUGGAAAGGCACCCUGGGAAAGUCCCAUUCACUGCACACUCGAGGAAUCAUUGAACUGGCUGGAGCCAUAACGUGUGGCACUGGACGGUCUCCCUUGGCAUAUAUUGGCUAUGGGUGCUACUGUGGACUGGGAGGACGAGGCUGGCCUAAAGAUAAAACAGACUGGUGCUGCCACAGGCAUGACUGCUGCUAUGACACGGCAGAGAAGGAAGGCUGCAACCCCAAGGUGCAGCGCUACCAGUGGGCGUGUGAGCAGAACACCGUGCGGUGCGAUAACCUGACAGACCGAUGUGAAAAAAUGGUGUGCUUGUGUGACCAAGAAGCAGCCAAGUGCUGGGGAGCAGCCCCAUACAAUCCUCACUUCAUCCUCUGGCCAGACUUUUUAUGUGGACAGACGCAUCCCACCUGCCAUGUCAGAUAUGGGGGGCCAGAAUAGUCUUUUUAGGACCUUUCUUCAAACAAUUUGAACUUGAA